GGGCAUCUAUCUGGACCAAGAAAAAUCAGCGUUGAUCGUAUCAGGAUGUACAUCUACAUCCCCCAAUGACAUUAGGAUGAAAACCAGGAACCAGAUUGAAAAGGGAACUCAUCCUGUUCAUGGUGACUCCAGAUAGUUAGUGCUUAGUGUAACGAAGGAUAGCGUUUAUGAUUACAGCAGCAGUGUUAACCAGAGCAGACAGUGGUGAUGUUUAACAAUACAUAAAAAAAAAGAUGAUCCGAAUCGCUGCUCUUAACGCAGCCUCUGAGACUGCAGAUGAGCAUGAGGAUCACUUUAGAAGUACAAAACCGAGUCAGACCAAAGAGGCUCAGGAAGCUGAGGCGUUUGCGCUGUAUCACAGAGCUCUCGAUCUGCAGAAGCAUGACAAGUUUGAAGAAUCUGCCAAAGCCUAUCAUGAACUCCUCAAGACGCCGCUGCUUAAGGAGGCAGUGGCAUCUGAAGAUGAGAAGGUUGGGCUGAAGCACCCGGGGUUAAUGCUAAAGUACUCCACCUAUAAAAACCUGGCCAGUCUCGCCGUGCUUAAGGAUGACCUGGAUACAGCUACAGACUUCUAUGUGGAGGCUGUCAUGCUGGACUCUACAGAUGUGAACAUGUGGUAUAAGCUGGGUCAAGUGGCUCUAAGGAGAGUGAGUAUCCCACUUGCUCGUCAUGCCUUCGAGGUUGGACUGCGCUGUAACCCUGACCACUGGCCGUGCCUCGACAGACUCAUUACUGUCCUGUACACACUUAGUGACUAUAACUGUUGCCUGCAUUACAUCUGCAAGGCUCUAGAGAAGGAUAUAGGCUACACUAAAGCCUGGGUGCUGAAGGAGAAGAUCUUUGAGGAGCAGCCCUGCCUCAGACGAGACUCGAUGAAGUUGUUUUUAAAACUCGAUAUGUCCAUGCACUUCAAUGACACAGACGAGGAGGAAGCUCACAGUAUUGUAGAGGAGGCGUUGGAGCUAAGAAGACAGAGGCAGGCGAAACUGGCACCACCUCCUUUGCAAGACCUACAGCUGGUGGAGCCCAUUAAACGCUUCACUUGGAAGAGUGUAGGCGAGAGCUUCCUGGCUAUGUACAAACACCAAAAUGAGUGCCUGGUUCCUCGAUCUGACUUCGGUCGCCGUGUUGACCUCACCAUGUACCGUGAUCCAGACUGUGUCCUCCAGACAACAUCAGAUGCCUCCCAAGUUCAAACAGCCCCAGCCACAGAGUCUCCACAGUCCUCCACCUCUGCUCCAGCAUCUGAGCCUCUUCCCCCACUUCUGGCAGACUCCUGCAGCCCCAGUGCCAGCCAGUCCAUGCCCUCUGAGUCCCCUCUUCAGCCACAGGCUCAAAGCAGCAGUAACGUAGGACAGCCACAAGUGUGCCAGAGCCCAAUGGAGGUCGGCACUGCUGCUACAAGCACGACUGCUGCAAGCACCGCUGCUGCUGCUGCUGCUAUUUUCAAUGGCAUUACUACUGGUUCUACUACUGGAUCUUCUACUGGUUCUACUACUGGAUCUUCUACUGGUUCUACAACUUCUACUACUUCUUCUACUGGUUCUACAACUUCUACUACUUCUUCUACUACUACUACUACUACUACUCCUGCGGCUGCUGCUCCACCUGUUGCUACUUCUGUUAACAUUUCUGCACCCCCUGGUGAAAUAGAUUUAACCGAUAAAGAUGUCCCUACAGUUCUCGACUCACCUCUGAACGAUAAAGUGAAGAAGGCCACCAAGAGGAAGAGAACGAUGGAGGACUGCGGAGAGACGGCCAAGAGGAGAUCUGCACGCGUUCGCAACACCAAAAGCAAGAAAGAAGAGAAGAUUGACUUCCAAGAGCUGCUGAUAAAACUUCUGCCAUCACGGCUGAAGAAGUUUGAUGUCGAUGAGGAUGAGGAAAGUCUCAGUAACAUGGAUACACAGUGUGAGGUGAAACCCGGCUCCAAGCUUAACCAGGGCUCCGGGUCCAACCUCUUGGACUACAUUAACUCAGCAGAGAAAGAGCAUGAAGAAGUGCACGCCUUCCUGCUAGCUAACAUGGAGAACGGCGGCAUCCUGGAACUCCUCAUGCGCUAUUUGAAGGCAAUUGGUCAAAAGUUUCUGGAAGAGUGGCCCCCUGGACUAAGUGGAGUGGUGAUGGAGAUCUACAACUGCUGGAGGAGACACAGUGCAGGCCUGCCCAACCCGCUGCUCAGAGACUCCAACAAUCAGCACAUCAAGGAGAUGAUGAUGAUGAGUUUGUCUUGUAUGGAAAUGCAGUUGGAGCACUGGGUCCUCACUAAGGGAAAGAAUACAUCUCAGAGAAGGAGUAUGUCAGGACAUGGUAGUGAUCAUAGCGAGCAGGACAGCCAGGAGAGCCGCUUCCUGACUGAUCUGUACAUGCUGAUCAUGGCCUCCUCUCAGGCAGACAUCUUUGAACAAGACUGGCUUCCAUUCGCUGUCAGAGUGCAUUGGCUCAAAGCUCGGCACCUCAUAUUUCAGGGUGACAUGGAAGAGGCCCUGGAACGUUAUGAUGUGUGUGUGGGGCUACUGAAGAGCCAGUCUCACACCAGUGACGGAGACAAAAUCUCUAUCAACAUGCCUAACCUUUGUGUGGAUUCAUCCAUUUCUGUAGAGGAGAUUGAGAAGAAGCUAAAGUCUCUGGAGAGGUGCCAGUCACUGGAGGAGAUUCGGAGGCUUUUUGAGACUGGCGACUACCAGGCUGUGGUGAGAUUACUCCAACCCACGCUGAGCUACGGGCCCAGCUCGGCACGGCCUAAGCCAUUGGAGUACAUCAGCUCGGCUCCUGAGAGACCAGCCCAGUUGCUGCUGCUUCAGAGCUCCUUGAUUCGCCUGAAGGAUUACGUUCAGUGUCUGGAAAGCACUGAGGUGGCACUGAAUGAGGCCAUGCAGCACAUAAACUCCAUGUUACCCAGCAGCCCCUCUGCUAAGGAGGAGUGGGUAGCUACGGUGACUGCCAUGCUGAAGGGAAUUGAACAAUGCAUUACGGAACAGCCUCACGUUCUCACCAGCAUGCCACCUUCCACCAACUUGCCUCGCCUCGCCAACAAUCUCAUACAGCUAAUAGCCUGCAGCAUGGUGUUGCCUGAUGAUCCUAAGGAGCCUCACUUUUCCUCCAUGCUGCCAUGGAUGCUGCUCUAUCACCUGCUCAAGCCUGACGAGGCAGAGCUUGACUGCACACACCGCCAGCACCAAGCCGACGAAGACGACGAUGACGACGACAAUCCCCUGUUGCCCCCGUCUUUGGUGUUGUUAAACACAGCCCAUGAGUGCCUGGGCCGCCGUUCCUGGUGCUGCAACUCUGAUGGCGUUCUACUCAAGUUUUUCGUCCGUGUACUGCAGCAGAAGCUGUCUGAAGCAGAUGCAAUGCCUUAUAAAGAGGAUCUGGAGCUGGCACUGGAGCAGUGUUUCUUCUGCCUGUACUCUUACCCAAGCAAGAAGAGCAAAUCACGCUACCUGGAGGAGCAUUCCGCACCACAGGUGGAGCUGCAGUGGAACGAUGCACUCUUUAUGUUUGAGUACUUCAAGCCCAAGACCCUGCCAGAGUUUGACAGCUAUAAGACAAGCACCGUGUCUGCAGAUCUGGCCAACUUGCUGAGAAGGCUUCCCGGAAUCAUCCCUUGCUCCGACUUGCCUACGCUCUCCAUCGACGAAGUGUCAUCCUACAUAGAGGGAGGAGCACUCAAGGUACCGUCACUCCCAGAAGGAACUCCUCCAGCUCCCCCUCUGGUCAAUGAACUGUACUACCUGUUGGCAGACUACCACUUUAAGAACAAAGAGCAGGCCAAAGCUAUUAAAUUUUAUAUGCAUGACAUCUGCGUGUGCCCCAACAGGUUUGACUCCUGGGCCGGGAUGGCUUUGGCCCGGGCCACUCGCAUCCAGGACAAGCUGAACUCAAACGAAUUAAAGAGCGAUGGGCCUGUAUGGAAGCACUCUCUUGCCGUACUGACAUGCUUUAAGCGGGCGUUGGAGAUCAACAGCUCCAACCUGAGCCUGUGGAUCGAGUACGGCACCAUGUCCUACGCCCUGCACUCCUUUGCUUCCAGGCAGCUCAAACAGUGGAAGAACGAGAUGCCACCCGAUCUUAUCAAAUUGAUGGAGGACCGUAAGGAUUCGAUGUUGGAGACAGCACAUAAUUGCUUCAAGAGUGCUUCCACAUGUGAAGGAGACUGUAAUGAGGAAGAGUGGCUCAUACACUACAUGCUUGGCAAGAUCACUGAGAAGCGCAAGUUACCAGAGAAAGACUAUUUACGGCUCUAUAAACAGUCUGCUCAUUUCCUCCAUGAGGAAGCUGCUCGGUAUCCCCGAAAGAUUCACUACCACAACCCACCUGAUCUGGCCAUGGAGGCACUAGAACUGUUCUACCGUACAGCUGCCACUAUUCUGAAACUGUUGGAGGAAGAAGGUGGCAAGGAAGAAUCGGAGCAGAGGGACCAUCUGGACUACGAGCUUUUCUUUAACAUGCUUGCCGAUGCUGCGGUUGGCCCUUUUGCUCGUGGAGAGGAGAAGAACAUGCCUAAAUCUAGCGACAAGGAAAAACCCCCGUCUUUGAACGACGAAGAUUCGCACUCCUCCUCGGCGGUGACGUUGUUGACAGCUGCAAACUCGACACUGACAGCUGUGCCCAUGGCAACAUCGUUGCCCAGCGACGGUCCGGCAGGUGUGACUUCCCCCCCGUGCGUGGUCACUCCGCUCGACCACGAUUACGUCAAACGUAAAAAGCUGCAGCAGAGGCAGGGGCAGCUGCAGGACGCCCUGUACAGGAAUAAAACACGUCAGAUCUCACACCUACACUCAGCAUCCCUCUCUCACGACCAUGAUUACUGCGGGUCUUGGUGUGCACCUUCUUUGCGAGCAGGACCUGCGUAUGAGCAAAGUCAGGACAGCGUGGCAGUGUUGUCGGACUCCAGCUCCCUGCAGGACGUGUUCUUGGACCCCACCAGCUCACAGGACAGCAACCACAAGCUGGAUUCUGGGAAAAUUUCUGAAGACACAAACACACUUCUGAAAGACAAAGCAGCUGCUGGAGAGGAACCAGAAGAAAAGCACAUAGACAUCAACUCCACCACUGUCUCGCAGGAGUCCUCGGACACCACUCUGUCCGUCACGUCUCCUGAGAUACUAAUCCCCAAACCCCCUGCCCCGGACACCCCCACCCAGGCACCGACCAUACUGCUUCGCUCUGUCCCUCGCCGGCCCGAGCCGCCAGCACCACCCGAGCUGCUGGAGGUGCCCAAGUGUCUGCCGACAGGCCGGGUGGAGCAGAGGAAGGUGCUGGUGGAGAUGUGUGUGAGAGCACUGUAUCUGUGCCUCAAUCGCUUUCCCCAACACUAUAAGAGCCUGUACAGGCUCGCCCACCUGUACGCCUGCAGCAAGUUGCACAAGAAUCUGCAAUGGGCAAGGGAUGUGUUGCUAGGGAGCAGUGUCCCAUGGCAACAGCUGAAGCACAUGCCUGCACAAGGACUUUUCUGCGAGAGAAACAAAACCAAUUUGUUCAACGGCAUCUGGCGUAUCCCAGUAGAUGAAAUCGAUCGCCCAGGUAGUUUCGCAUCUCAUAUGAACAGAUCCAUCGUGCUGUUGCUGGAUGUUCUGUCUCAGUUAAGGGAUCACGACACGCUGCUCAAGAUUUCCCUCAUGCUCCAGAGAACCCCUGAUCAGGGAAAGAAAUAUUUGCGGGAUGUUGACCGGCAGGUCUUGGCUAAGCGCGCCUUUUUCUUCACUGUGAAAGUGUUGGAGGACAAUCUGGAUAAACUCACUGCGGUGUCUGAUCCCUCUCCUAAGCCUUCCACUUCCUCCAUGGGAGAAAUGACCACAGCUGACGUGUCUGGUCGGCCUCCUGCCACAGAGGAAACGAAAUCUUCUCAACCUGAUAAACCAUGCCUUCCAGACUCGUCCUCGACACCAGGCGUUGAUAUCACAAGCUCAGGGCCUUGCCAGCCUCUGGCUCCUCUCUCUCAACUCACUCUAGAACCAGGAAACCAGAACCAAGGCACAUCAGCAACUUCUCAGAGCAGAGAAGCUAGCUCCACGCUGGGGGAGCCUAUGGAGCUCGAACCCGGAACAUGGACAGGCGUGCCGAAACCAGGGCACCAACAAUCAACCACUGACAGUGUUUCACAUGAACAAGGAACCCCCAGAUCUGUCUCAGAGGGGACAGAGAGGCGCCUGGAAUGUGCCCGGGCUCCAGAACUGUCUCUGGAGGAGCUGAGCAUUAGUUCCAAACAGCAGCUGAUGCAGGUUCAAGCAAGCACGGCGCACAGGGGAACCCUCACUACGACCACAGCACGGCCAAACAGGAAGAGGAAGCUGCUGGAGGACGUCGAAUCAGGCAAGACACUCUUACUGGAUGCAUACAGAGUAUGGCAACAGGGGCAGAAGGUCAUGACCUAUGACCUUGGCCGGAUUGAGAAGAUCAUGUCGGAGACAUACAUGCUAAUCAAGCAGGUGGAUGAGGACGUGGCGUUGGACCAGGCCGUGAAGUUUUGCCAGAUUCAGAUGGCAACGACAGCACAAAGACAGAAUUCCAGUGAUGCACCUGCCACCCCCAAGUUCAAUAAAGAGCACAGAGACAUCUUCUUCCCUCAAUCAGUCUCCACUCAAUGCUUUCACACACACACGCAACCUUUACCUGCCCUGGAGCAUGAGACCAAGCUGAGCAAGAAUCCACGGCCUCUUCACACACACUCGCAUUCUCACACACCCGGCACACCCACGCAGAUGUAUUGCCCUCCUCCGGGCCAGCAGGACCAAUUACAGGCCCAGACGACACCCAGUCAGCCAGCAGCAGGCAUGGCAUUCUUACCUCAUACAGACAGAGAAACCUCUGCUCCAGAAGGUCUGGCAUAUAGACAGCAGGAGUCUCAUUUGUGUCAGCAGAUGAAGAUGGCCACAGUUUCCCAGAGUCACACAACACAGGACUGGAGCAGUCAUGAAGCUGCUACCUGCUCAACGCAUGCAGACACAGAAAGUUCUGAUCAGUCGAAGCAGAAUGAUUCAAGUCGGAUCCGCUCCCGAAUCCCCCCCAACAUGCCCAAGCUGCUCAUCCCCUCCACCGCCGCCAAAUUCCCCCCAGAGAUCACGGUCACGCCUCCGACUCCCACACUGCUCUCACCCAAAGGCAGCAUCUCGGAGGAGACCAAACAGAGGCUCAAAAACGUUAUUCUGGCGUCUCAGUCGGCAGCUAAUGUGAAGAAGGACACUCUGACUCAGCCGGCGCUGGAAGUACAGGAGACGUCCAGCCAAGAGUCGUCCCUGGACAGCGAGACGGACGAGGAGGACGACUACAUGGACGUUUUGAAUUAGAAGGAUUUCUGACUGUCUCUCUUUCCUUCUUUUUUUAAAUCUUCCUCUUUGUUUAUUAGCUUGUUUUAUUCGUCUCGAAUCGACAAAACAUUUGCAUCCGUGCACUUUGUCUCUUCGUCCUGCAGCAUUAUGCACGUUCUUAAAGCAAAAGGGCUUUUUCCUCGAUGCUCAAUGAUGUCCUCUCGCUACAAGCGCACUGUGUUCUCCCUGUCUAGCUUUUUUGCGCUUUUGUUUAAUUUAUUUUACUCUCCGGAAUGAUGCUGCCAAGAUUCACUCCGGUCCAAACAAGAAACCGUGACCAGCGACUUCGAAACCCCGGUUUGUUUCAUGCGCCUACAUCAGAGGCUUUUAAGAGCAGGGGUCCUAUGCACACAGUCAGUCUAAUGCAAGGCAUUUAUAAUUACAGCCACGGGCAUUAGAUCAGAAAGUUUUUUCCUUUUCCCCUUUUUUUCCCUCCUUUAAAUGAAAUGAGUUUACAUCGAAUAAGGUGCUUAAACUCAUGACAUUCCGACGUGGAUGAUGCCAUCAGGUGUAGGUGGACAUUUCCUACCCACAGUGAAGUCUCUUGCUUUGAGCAUAGCUGCCUUGCUUGUGUGAGAUGUCCAGUCCAACAGCAGCAUGAGUUUACACUUUCCUGUAGCGCCAACCACUUUUUAUUAAAAACGAAUUUCUACUACUCUGUUUUUCACCAAAGUUUACUUUCGACCAAUAUGUGUAUGUUCGAGCUCAUAAAGCGAGCCACUUUGGCCUCUCGUAGUCCAUUUCUGAGACCCCUCUUUUCAUAAUGAGACUUCUUUGGGGGUUUUAACAUUUAAAACACGUUUUUUUUCUGAUCAAAGCAGCAGCUCUGUGACUGUAGUCAAUUUUGUGUGCAUUACGUGGAAUCGUUUUCCGUCUUCAGUAGUAAUUUCUUUUGUACCGAGUCGUAGCUGAGCAUGAGCGUUUUAAGCACGCGGGUUUGAGUCCUGCCACCAGCACUGAGCCGGAGAUAUACGUACAGUCAUGUUCUUAUGUAACCUAAUUACACAAAGGUAUGCCAUUGUUUGCUUUAAAGCAAUGCACCUUCUCAUGAUCAAGUGUCUGGCUUCAUACUAAUGUCAACAAUAGUGGAAUAUAUAUUUUAAUACAUGAAAGAGGGAGAGAGAUUUCCAUUUUUUUGAGUCAUGGAUUUGGACCCAGACAUUAGCACGAUCCUGGAUAAUGUGGCAUUGCAAGUCGGUGCAUCACUCUUGAAGCUGUAGAGCAUCACGUGCAUGUUUAAAGAGUAAAUGUAUAUUUUUGAAAAACAGAAAGCACAAGAUAUGUCGUGCUUUGCCUUCCCCUGCACAGAACAUCUGGCGAUCACGUUGACCUCCUUCCUAUACAGCUGAAUGUUGUUAUUGUUGUUUUUUUUUGGGUUUUUUUAAAUAUCAUGCAGUACUUUUCUACAAAUGGAUGGAUUCAUUUCCUCCUGUAUUUUUCUGGUUAUUGAAUAAAAAUAGUUUAAUUUUUUUGCAAAAAUAAGGAAAAAGCUUGUCAAGAAAAAAAAAAAAACAUGAGGAAAUGCAACGGAUGUUAAACUCGUACGUACAUCAGACCAAACUACCUGUUAAUGGAUGAUGUUUGUAUUUUUCUCUACAUUGUAAGAGCAUUGUGUUGGUACGGUUGUUUUUUUUUUUUUUUGUUUUUUUUUGGGGGGGGGUUUGUAUGGCUCUAUUUGGUCUUGUAAUGAGAAUGUAACUUGGUGAAGGACGGAUGGUACGAGCACCGAGCUUGAGCUCUCCCUGCUCACACUUGUUCUCCUGAGGGUUGAUUAUUUCUCUCAGUUUUUGACUUGCUGCAUUAAAAAAUUGUCUCAAAACCAAAAAUAACACUUAAUGACACUUUUA